AUGGAUUCGUUUUUGGACCUAUUCGACCCAGGCACCAGCCCCCCGACCAAUUGCGAUGUAUGGCCAGAAGACGACGACGACGAUACCCGUCUGCCACCCGAACCGCAAAUGGGCAAUGUCGAGUACAAGCUCAAGCUGACUAGUCCGUCGAAAUUGCGCUUUGAACAUCUAGUCACUCAGCUGAAAUGGAGGCUCAGGGAGGGACACGGCGAAGCCAUUUACGAGAUCGGCGUCGAAGAUACGGGGAGGCUGACCGGAUUGUCUUCUGAUGACAUGAAGUCCAGUCUGAUCACUCUGGAUCAAAUGGCUCUCAAACUUGGUGCCACCACAUCAGUAUUACGAGAAAGAUCUGUUAGAAAGGACAAAAUAGUUGCGGAAGUUUUAGUUCGAAAGGUUCCUGAUGACCAAGAAUGUAUUGAAGUUAUGGUAGCUGUAUUGGGAGGCGCAGAUGCUGGCAAGUCAACUCUCCUUGGGGUCUUAGCACAUGGCGAAUUUGAUAACGGUCGUGGUAGUGCACGGUUAAAUGUUUUAAGACAUUUACAUGAACUUAGAUCUGGACGAACUUCUUCUAUAUCUCAUGAAAUUCUCGGUUUUGAUACUGAGGGUGAUGUUAUUAACUACCAAAAGGCACGCACAGCCGAAGAGAUCAGAGAUCGUUCAUCUAAGUUGAUCACAUUCCUUGAUCUGGCUGGACAUAAAAAAUAUCUUAAAACUACUGUAGCUGGUUUGAGUGGUUAUUGUCCAAAUCACGUUAUGUUAGUUGUGAGCAGUCCAGCUGUAAAUGUUUCUAGUCAAUUAGACAUGACCAAAGAGCAUAUGGAUUUAGCACUAGCACUUAGGCUCCCAUUUUGCAUUGUUGUUACAAAGACUGACAUUACUCCUGCUGACAAUACUAUCAAUUGGUUGGAGUCUAUAUUGAAAUCAGUUGGGUGUCGAAAAGUUCCUCUUGUUAUUAAAUCGGACGAUGAUGUCAUCACUGCAAGUUCAGCACAGCCAACACAAAAUGUUGUACCCAUAUUUACCAUAUCCAGUGUUACUGGUGAAAAUUUAGAUUUACUCACUAGAUUUUUAUAUGUUUUACCACCGAGUAUAAGUAUCAAAGAAAAAGAGAGAUUGGAACAGGAAUGUUGUCAGUUCCAAAUAGAUGAGAUUUUUAAAGUUCCAGAUAUUGGUACAAUUGUUGGUGGUGUACUUACACAAGGUGUUGUAAAUAUAGCCACAGAACUAGUCAUAGGUCCUCUUGAUAAUGGAACAUUUGUUCCAGUUACUGUACAGUCUAUACACAGAAAUAAAGCUCCAUGUCGUGUAGUAAAAGCAACCCAGAGUGCUUCAUUAAAUUUAGAAAAAGUUAUUCCAGGCUUGAGGAAUGGCAUGGUGCUGUUGGGAUUAGGUGUAAACCAUAGUGCCUGCAUAUUCUUUCAGGCUAGGAUUGUGGUGCUUUAUCAUGCGACAUCCAUACACAAUGGAUUCCAAACCACUGUACACAUUGGGAAUAUUCGACAAACUGCUGCUAUUGUUGCUAUCAUGGAGUGUGAUAAACGAGGCAUGCACACUAAUGAUUCCGCAUCAGUAAUAUUUAAGUUUGCGCGCCAUCCAGAAUAUGUAACUGAAGGCAUGAGGUUAUUAUUCAGAGAAGGGCAGACUAAAGGAAUUGGGAUUGUUACACAGGUGUUUGCUUUACAGGUUGUGGCAGGAUAA